GUCAGCACUUAAUCCUAAUCUCGCCUAGGGCACCAAAAUGCGUAGGGCCGGCCCUGAUACAAACACAGUUGUGGUAGUAUAAUUCGUGCCAAUAAACCCUCUUGAAUGUUACACACCGGACCUUUAAAAGCCUCCGGUCAGAGAUGCUGAGGCUGUGGGUACCACUUUAAAGAGACGGAUGCAGACCACGCCCUUCAUCGGCCCACCGAUGGAGGGCGCUGUGGCGACGGAGCAGGCCGAUUAUCAGCAGCUUUUUACCUCACUGUCCUUCCAGCAGCAUCUCACCUUCAACACAUCCACAACAUCCACCGCCGCCACACCCGGGGAAGAAGAGGAGAAAAGACACAAGAGAGAGAAAGACAGCGUCACAUUUACCGAAAGAGAGAACAGAGCAUCACACGAGGAGUUUCUUGUAAUUAUGUAGGCUGUUGUUUUGUGGUUUGACGUCUAACAUUUAGCCUGUUCGCCUCACUGCGACACGGAAACAGCUGCGCACAAAUAAAUUACAGCCACACUCAGCCUGUCAAGAUUAACCUACCUUCACGGAGAAAGUCGACGUCUGUGCGCAAUCCCGCAUCCCGUUUAUUUUGCCGGUCUCAUCGUCAGGCCUCAGUCAGUCAGUCGGUCAGUCAGGCUCAGCAGCAUCUUUCUUUUCUCCCAGCAUCCUUCCUCCUCCUCAUCUGUGAAUCUGCGCAAUGGCCGAUGUUCCGGCGGAGUGUAACAUAAAAGUGCUGUGUCGCUUUCGUCCUCUCAACCAGUCUGAGAUUAUACGAGGGGACCAGUUUCUGCCCAAAUUUCAAGCGGACGACACUGUCGUCGUCGGGGGGAAGUCCUUUGCUUUUGACCGAGUGUUUCCAACCAACACCACCCAGGAGCAGGUGUACAACACCUGUGCCAAGCAGAUUGUCAAGGAUGUGCUUUCCGGCUAUAAUGGCACUAUCUUCGCAUAUGGACAAACCUCCUCCGGGAAGACUCACACCAUGGAGGGCAAACUCCACGAUCCUCACCAGAUGGGUAUCAUUCCUCGAAUCGCUGAGGACAUUUUCAACCAUAUCUUUGCCAUGGAUGAAAACCUUGAAUUCCACAUCAAGGUUUCCUACUUUGAAAUCUACAUGGACAAAAUCCGCGAUCUGUUGGAUGUGACAAAGACCAACCUGUCUGUCCAUGAAGAUAAGAACAGGGUCCCGUUUGUCAAGGGAUGCACUGAACGUUUUGUCUCCAGCCCUGAUGAGGUCAUGGAUUUGAUCGACGAGGGCAAAUCUAACCGCCAUGUUGCUGUGACCAACAUGAAUGAGCACAGCUCUCGCAGCCACAGCAUCUUCCUGAUCAACAUCAAACAGGAGCACGUGGAGACUGAGCAAAAGCUGUGUGGAAAACUGUACCUGGUUGAUCUGGCUGGUAGUGAGAAGGUCAGUAAGACCGGAGCUGCAGGAGCCGUUCUGGACGAGGCAAAAAACAUCAACAAGUCUCUUUCUGCUUUGGGAAAUGUCAUCUCUGCCUUGGCUGAAGGCACGAAAAGUCAUGUGCCGUAUCGUGACAGCAAAAUGACUCGCAUCCUGCAGGACUCUCUCGGUGGGAACUGUCGCACGACCAUGUUCAUCUGCUGCUCUCCCUCCAGCUACAACGAUGCUGAGACCAAAUCCACUCUGAUGUUUGGACAACGUGCCAAGACCAUCAGGAACACCGCCUCCAUCAAUCUGGAGCUGACGGCCGAGCAGUGGAAGAGGAAGUACGAGAAGGAGAAGGAGAAGAACAAGACUAUGAAGGAAACCAUCCAGAGGCUGGAGGCUGAGCUCAACCGCUGGAGAAAUGGUGAGUCAUUACGAGAGGAUGUGCCCGAGACAGAACGGACUACAUCAGAAGUUGUGACCCGGAUUGAAACUGUGGAAGAGCGUCCCAUUUUGGACAAUGACACCUCCUCCAUCGUGGUCCGUAUUUCCGAGGAGGAGCGUCAGAAGUAUGAGGAGGAGAUCCGCAAGUUGUAUAAGCAGCUGGAUGACAAGGAUGAUGAGAUCAACCUGCAGUGCCAGUUUGUGGAGAAACUGAAGCAGCAGAUGUUGGACCAGGAUGAGCUCCUGGCGUCGUCUCGUGGUGAUGGGGAUAAGGUCCAGGCUGAACUUGGCAGGCUGCAGGUGGAGAGUGACUGUGCCAAGGCCGAGGUGAAGGAGGUGCUUCAGGCUCUGGAGGAGCUGGCCAUCAACUAUGACCAGAAGAGCCUGGAGGUGGAGGAGAAAGGCCUGCAGAACCAGCUGCUUGCUGAUCAACUGGCCCAGAAAAUGGCCAGUUUGAUGGAGCUGGAGGCAGAACUGUCUCGCAUGCAGGAAGUGAGUGCUCAGCAGAGGAAGCGUAUCGCUGAUGUCCUCAAUGGUCUGAUGAGGGACCUCAGUGAGUUCAGCACCAUUGUGGGCAAUGGGGAGAUCAAACUGCCGGUGGAGAUCAGUGGGGCGAUCGAGGAGGAGUUCACGGUGGCUCGUCUCUACAUCAGCAAGAUCAAGUCAGAGGUGAAGAGCAUGGUGAAGCGCUGCCGUCAGCUGGAGAACAUGCAGCUGGAGUGCCAUCGCAAGAUGGAAGAGACUGGGAGGGAGCUCUCCUCCUGCCAGCUCCUCAUCUCCCAGCAUGAGGCUAAGAUUCGCUCUCUGACGGAGUACAUGCAGAGUGUGGAGCAGAAGAAGAGGCUGCUGGAGGAGAGCCACGACUCUCUGAGCGAGGAGCUUGCCAAGCUGCAAGAACAGGAUAACUCCCUGCUAGAGGAGAAGGAUAGCGAGAAGGGUGAGACUGAAGAAGGCAAUGUGAAGAAGUCUGUCCGUCAACAGGGCGAGUCUCACCGUGGCCUCCAUCACAAGCAGCUGACCCGCCUGCGGGAUGAGAUCAAUGAGAAGCAGAGGGUCAUCGACGAACUCACUGAUCGUAACUCUAAGAUGGAGCUGGAGCUGGCUCAGGUUCGUGCUGACUUUGAGCGUUUGAAGAGUCAGGACAACACCAAGAGCGAGCGCCUGGAGGAGCUCUCAUUCUUGCAUGAACGUCAUGAGCAGACUAAACAGGACUUGAAGGGUCUGGAGGAGACUGUCGUGAGUAAAAUAGAUUACAUUAACACCUUACUGUUUUGUCUUAACUCACUCUUUUCUGUUUUGUAUAAGCAUUUUGUUUUCUUGACCUCCUUUCAAACUGUCCCCCAGGCCCGCGAACUCCAGACCCUCCACAACCUGCGCAAGCUGUUCGUUCAAGACCUCACGUCGCGGGUUAAAAAAAGUUCCGAAAUGGAGCCUGAUGAUAGCGGGGGGUCUUGCACCCAGAAGCAGAAGAUUUCCUUUCUUGAGAAUAACCUGGACCAACUUACAAAGGUUCACAAACAGUUGGUUAGUGACAAUGCAGAUCUGCGCUGUGAGCUUCCAAAGUUGGAGAAACGUCUUCGGUCUACUGCUGAGAGAGUUAAGGCCCUGGAGACUGCACUGAGAGACGCAAAGGAGGGUGCAAUGUUGGACCGCCGCCGCUAUCAACAGGAGGUGGACCGCAUCAAGGAUGCCAUGAGAACAAAGAAUGCCCUACGGCGCCCCCAUGCAGCACAGAUUGCCAAGCCAGUGAGGCCGAAGCAGCUGCCAGUUUGCUCCCCCACAAACCCGUUCUACCCCUACAUGCGUGCCACUGAACAAACAAACACCUACAGCAACGUCCUUUUCCAAGGCAGCGCGUCACAACCGAGCGCCAGCACCGUCAGCACCAACCCCAACUCUAUCCAGACCAACCCAAUUUCCACAGCACUGGGCUACAGAGCAGGCAGAUAUAAUGGAGACACACUGGAGUGCUACCCACUCAACAUUGACAAUGGUAACAACAUCAGUGAAACGAGAGACAUCAAUGACAAUCGGAGUGAUGUUCACUGUGGCAGUGAAGUGGACGAUCCAAACAGGCACUUCAUCAUUCAGCAGGAGACAGCAGCAAGUUAAUGCCAUGAUGGUGACCAAACACUGUAUCUAUUGAUGGAUCCUCCUUUCCUAUCAUCUGCAUGCAGCCCGUCUCACCAUACAUCACUGAUGAGGAUGAAGAUCUGUAGCCCUAUAGUCUUAUUUACUAGAUGAAGCCCCCCCCCCCCCUGCUCUUAUGGUGGCCACUCUUCAGGUUUGGGGUCCAGUCCAUUCCAGUUCAGUCAUUCCAAAUAAAUAAUAUCAAAUUUUUAUUAUUAGUAUAAUUAUUAUAACAGAAUGUCCAAUACUAAUGACCACAAGUUAUUUAAAGUGCGUGUAAAGCAAAUACAUAGAUUUUCCUUUUCACACAUUAUACAGUGGAUGAGGUGUGAAAGAAAUACAACUGUAGAGAAAAUCCUUAUGCAAUAACGACUGCCCUUGUUUUGUUCAGAAUGUUUUUUUCGGCAUGUAUAGAUAAGUGGCUAAAUGACAUACUGGAGCCAUAGUUAGUUAGCAUAGCCACUACUCAAACCCUCAGCGCACUUUCAACAUAUGAGUAAUUGCAGCUGUUCCUGCACUGCUGCUUUGUUCGACAAAUGCUGGACACAAAAACACACAGAAAAGCUCUGUCACUUUAUUUAAAACAACUAGAGAUGAGGAAAUGAAAAGUGGUUUGAUAGCAUUUACGUUCACAUUCUGCAAAAACACGGCAACAUUCACCUGCUUUGGUCCCAACUAAAGGGGGAAUGUGUGUGUUUGUGUAGGUGUGUGCGAUUUGAAACCUCAUUUUAAACACUUAGUGACUUUUUUUUUUUUUUUUAGUAACACGUUUUCCUGUUGCUUUACACGCAAUUAAUGUCAUAGCUGAUGCUGAAUACCUGCUGAGGUGUUUGAACUGAGGAGUGGCAGACUCCGCCCCUGAUUAUUUAGUACACAUGUUGUAAAUAAUAGUGCUGUGUGUACUCCAGUAGAGGUUUUCGACCAGCAACUGUUUGUGUGAACACACAGCCUCCAUCAUCCCCCACACACAUCUUCAUGAGGGCAUCAUACAGAUGACACACUGUCAGCAGACAUGACCUUUUUCUCAGUCAAAAAUAAGAGCAUAGUGUGUAGCGCCAGCUUGUAACAGAAGACCCACCCUCUGCAUGCAUGUUACUUAGCGGGUUAGCUUUCAAAUUGUUGCAUGUCAUGAUUCCACUCGGGAGCUGGUAUGCUGCUCCUGAACCGUAUGACCGACUUCGACAGAUGUCACAGGAAGAUAGCUUGUUUCCCUUAAUCCUGAUCCAGGUCUCAGUGCGUUACACUUAUUAUUUUAAUGUAAAUCUGACCGCAACAUCAGGUUGUUGUGACAUAAUCACAGGAAAUAUGAACAAAAGAAAAACAAAGCUCCUUUUUAUCUUUCAUGCACAUCACAUCCAAAAUGUGUGAGGGGAAACACAGCCCAGGCUAUUAUAAGUCUGUAUCGAGGAAAUCUUUUGUAACUGCUUUGAUACUGUGAUGUUGCAGCUGUAUGAUGCUAUUGUGCACUUCAGGUAAUGUUGCUCCCUACCUGCAUUGCAGCUAGAGUUAAUUUCUCCCGUGCUUACAUUUGUAAUUACUACCUCUGAAGCUACUCAUUAUACCCCCAUCACCAUAUACCACAAAAUCACCUUUUCACAUUCUAAAUACGAGCAGAUCUUUGAGUCUCUAGAGCAGGUUGCAACACUAGUACACAGUAGCUUUAAGUAGAUAUAAAUGCUCUUUUUAGUACAGAUGUUGUGUCCUCUUGUAAGGUCAUGUAUCCACAGACUCCUUUAUUAUACAGUAGGAUCAGAGGAGGAGAGUAGAUAAGAAUAUUCCACUGCAGAAGAGUAACUGAAAGUCUGGUUUCAUUUAUCAUGUAAGGUCAAUAUUCUUUGUCAGGGGAGAAACAAGGACUACAUUAAUUGGUUAAUUAAGAUAUCUUAAAAUUCUUAACCUUUUGAGGCUGAAAUGAUGAUACUGUACCAUCAUUAUGUGUCUUUAUCUAAAGUCACAUUACAUCGUCAUAC